CGUGAUUCGACUGUGUGUUAAUUUUAUCAUUUAUCACUCGCUGUAAGGAAGGGUCCAAAAUCCAUUUCGACGUUAGUAUAAAACGUGCUGAGAGUUGAGUGAGAAAGAUAUUGACGAAGACAAAAUAAUCAUGCUGUUCACUUCUGUGUUAUUCCUGAUUGUAUUUCUGCUCGCCAACUCGAAAUAUACACUCGCAUUAGUCCCGAAACCGUCACAUUACAACAGGAGUUCGACAGCCUGUUAUUUACAGCGUCCACUCAACUACCAGAAUGACUACCCAGCAUGCUUUGUACUCACAGACUAUCUGAAGAGAUUUCAACGUCGACUAGCACUGCAACAUCCGCGAAUCUCUCAGCAACAUGAGAUAAAAUGCAACAUAAGCGAAUUGAAAAUCAAAAUAGACGAUGGAUGUGACGAAAGUAAAAAUAAAUUAUGGCCAAAUGUUUCCAUGGAUGAAUCAUACUAUAUAACCAUAAGAGAUACUGAAAUAAACAUACUUUCCAUGGAAGUUUGGGGUGUAAUACAUGCGCUUGAAACAAUACUUCAGUUGGUAUACAAGGGUAAAUUUGGAGGAAAUGUGGUAUUUCAAGGUGAUAUAAUAGAUGAACCAGAAUUCUCACACCGUGGAUUGUUGAUAGAUACUGCGAGGAACUUCAUGUCAGUUGAAAUCCUACGGAAAAUGAUAGAUAUCAUGGCUAUUGUUAAAAUGAAUGUCCUUCAUUGGCAUAUCACAGAUGACCAAUCUUUUCCCUUUGUCUCAACCACCUAUCCAGAACUGUCAGACAAGGGUGCAUAUCAUCCACAAAAGUGUACAUAUGACGAAGAAGAAGUAUCUGAUUUAUUGGAAUACGCCCGUCUCCGUGGAGUCCGGAUCAUUCCAGAAUUUGAUACUCCAGCACAUAUGUUGUCAUGGGGAAAAGCAUAUCCAGACAUACUGACAAAAUGUUAUAAUGAUUCCAAGCCAAACGGGAAAUUCGGUCCACUGAAUCCAGCCAAUGAAUCCACGUAUGAGUUUUUGAAGCAAUUCUUCAAAGAAGUCAUUGGUAGAUUUCAUGACAGUUAUAUUCAUCUUGGCGGCAACGAGGUAGAUUAUGAAUGCUG